GUAAGGAUGAAUUUAAGAUAGAAAAGCGAAGUUGAAGUAAGUAGCAACUACUUCCAAUCGAAGUGGAAGGAAAACAUUUAGAGUUGAUGGCAACCCGAACCUAGUUGAAGUAGGAAGUGAGGAGGAAAGCGAAGAUGGUGGAGAUGAACGAAGUGAGGGAGGCGCGAUCCCCCCCGACACCAGAACAAUCGAUGAAGGGGGAUAAAUAUCGGAUACGAGAUCUAACACGACUGUGCUAUGAAGAAGGAAUUUUCACAGGAUCAAUAGACCCAGGUGAGAUGACGGUAAAUGGGCGUGAAGCAACAUUCAGAGUCAACACAAGGAUCGAUCAAACAAAAGUUCAAUGGUUAAACGACCACAUGGUGACUAUGAUCUUUAGAGAAGGGGUACAAUUUCUACCUAAGAAGAUCAAGGAUGAUGCGGUCAGAGCCUAUGAAGAUGAUGACCGUCUACAAGAUGGGACUUUUGAAGCGACAACGUUUAGAAGAGGUAGGGUGAAAGUGGAAAGCCCGGACGUCGUAUCCUAUGUGGCAAAGAGCACUCAGGUAAAAGAUUGGCUCAUGAUGAAAGGAAGAUACGAAGUGAUGUUGUGCAUGAUAAGAUACGUGUUGGAGUUUAAGCGGUGGCUUACACAAACGCAACUAAGGGAGCAAAGGAGACGGGAAGAGGAAGCGAAUUUUUCGGUAGUAGUUGUGCAAGUGCCAUUAGGUGCAAUGCUAUAUUUGGAGGCACAGGUGUCGAAGGCUGUUGGCCUAGUGAUUCGUGUUAAUUCACUAGAACCGGAUUGGCAGAAGCAAUCUUUGAUCAACCUCAAGUUUGACGUGGAGCCAUCUGCACGUCAAAAUAUGAAGGAGAAAAUUUCAGUCGUCACGUUCGAAGGGGACACGCUCACAGUCAACAUUGCGUCGUCGGAAACUCCACGAUGUCGACGGUGCAGAGCUUUCUUUCACGAAGAAACGCAGUGCAAGCGAAACACACAAACCAAGCAGGGUCACAAAGCAGACAAGGAGACACUCAAGGAGCGCCGGGAAGGCAGCCAGAGUACGCAGGGCCCUUACGACCAGGCCAACAAGCAGUGGAACCAGAAUCGAGUGCAACAGGAGGCAUUCAAGAACAUGGAGCAACAAACAGUUACAACAACUCGGCGUAUUCACCAGUCGGGAGAGGAGGUCCAGUACCGGGUCAGAUGGGCCAAGCCCGGUAUGUACCGGUACAACCUAUCCCCUCGGCGUUCGGACCAUGGACGGUGCCGAUCGGAACGAACAAGCUCCCUCCACAAGGAGGAUAUGGAAAUUCAAUGCCGUAUCUCAUUCCGCAAGACAGAUUUGGAUUCAAGUCAGGUGGAGGUUGCCCUAUUGGUUAUGGUGGACCCUAUGGGGGUUAUGGAGGGGACUCCUGGGAGGUGGAACUGGAGGUGGCAACCCAAACGAAGGCGGAUUCAGCGGCAUAGAUCCAUACGGCAAUUACGGAGGGGGAGGACUUGGGAAUGGCGACCUGCAAGGUGGGAGAGGAACGACAACAACAACAAGUGGAGUGAAUGUAGGAGCAUUGAGAAUUCAGUGGUAAAGAUCGAACUCCGAAAGCGUCGAUAAUGGUUAUAAAAUAUAUCAGGAAGGAAGUACGAGAGAAGAUGAGGCGAACAAGCAAAGACAAAGCACACCAGGCAUUGUCAAGCAAAGAAGGUUGAGUUGGAAAGAAAGUGCGACUUCUAAGACCAUAGGACUCAGGAGAACAAUCAGAAUCGUCGACAUUAGAAGGAACAAUGGGAACACCAGAAUCAAAGACCACUAGAAGAAGGACACCAGUAACAGUCAGAAGAGGACAACAAGAUCAGAUCAAGGCAAAGAUACUACCGUUGUUCUGCACAGUAGUCAGCAGUCAAAUAAAUUUUAUUGCAUAAG